AUGUCCCGCAGACUCCUCAAUCGCUCCGGCGUCUCCUCGUCCUCGACUGCGACCACUACCACGGCCCUGCCCGAAUACCAGCCGCCCUCUUGCCCCCUCUCCGACGCUGCACGCCGCGAUCUGAACGACUUGUCCCACGCCCGCACCACCGUCGUCUAUCAGCAGCAGCUCGAUGACUCUGUUGGCCUUCUUGGCUCCAGCAUUGGCGACUUGCAUGAACAGCUGAGGGAGCAGCGCGAUAGACUUGAGUCCCUACGCGCGAAAAGGCAAGAGAAGGGCAAUGAGAAGACGCCCGAUGAGGAGCGCCUCGAGACCCAUGUUGCUGAUCUCGAAACGCGGGUCAAUGCCUUGACCGACUCAUUUGAGGAGGCCAUCCGUGUUGUGAUCGAUUACAAAGCCGAGUUGGAAGACGAAGGCCUCAUCAUCACCGAUUUGUAUAACGCUGCCGCCGCCGAUGUAGCGCAAUCCCAACGCCGUCCCCGCCGGGGUGAUGAUGCAGAAGCUGCCGAGGAAUCAGACGACGAUGUCGAUAGCAAAGACCUCGCCGCCCCGAGCAUCCUAGAGCGCUUCAAGGACAUGCGUGCCAAGAAGAAGGCCGAUUACACAGCCAUGGACAUGCACCAGCGGUACGCCCUCAACAACGACUACGCCGGCUUCAAGAAGCUCUGGCACGACGCCAUGGCCGGCGAGGAUGGACCACCGCUCCCAGACGCCUCACGUUGGUUCCGCCCCGAUGGCCGACCUGUGAUGCGCGCGACGACCCCUGGCGCAGCGGAUGACGAUGACGAUGAUGACAUUGCUGUGGCCCGCGAGGUCCUUAGCAUCAACUGCCCACUCACGCUACAGCCAAUGAAACAGCCUUACAGCAACCGCAAGUGCAAGCACACCUUUGAGAAGGCUGCCCUGCUCGACUACUUGCCACUGCGAGGUGACGCCCAGUGUCCACAGACGGGUUGCUCAGAGGUUAGUUCACUUCUCAUCUAUCUCACUCUUGGAGCGGUUACUGAUAUCAAAACUCAGCGUUUCUCACGGUCACGAUUCGACCACGACUUCUACCUUGACCAGGCCAUGGUGCGCCGUAUCAAGCGCGCCCGCCAGGCCCAGGAGCAGCACGAUAUGGACGAAGAUGAGGACGAGGGCAAUGAGGAUGAGGAUGUUGUGGUUAGAGGCCACCAGCCCGUCCCAGGAAGGGUGCCAAAGAAGGAGAGAGUGUAA